UGCUUCUCCCCAGUCGCACGUACCAGACCGGCAGCCUCGCACGCUCGCGACCCCACCUGACCUCACCUCACCAGGCAGGAGGGUGAGAGAGAGACGACGGCAGCGGCGGCGGCGGCAGGAUGUUCCUGCGGCGGAUCCUGAGCGGCGGGGGCGGGCUGGCGGCGCUGCGGGCGGCGCGCGCCGUGAAGGAGACGACGGGGAUCGUGGGGCUCGAGGUGGUGCCCAACGCGCGGGAGGUGCUCAUCGGCCUCUACGGCCGCACCCUCAAGGAGAUCGAGGCCGUCCCCAAGGACGAGGGCUACCGCAAGGCCGUCGAGUCCUUCACCCGCCACCGCCUCCAGAUCUGCCAGGAGGAGGACGACUGGAAGCGCAUUGAGGACCGCAUCGGCUGCGGCCAAGUCGAGGAGCUCAUCGAGGAGGCCCAGGACGAGCUCAAGCUCAUCGCCAAGAUGAUCGAAUGGGACCCAUGGGGUGUUCCUGAUGACUACGAAUGCGAGGUGAUUGAAGAUGACACACCUAUCCCUAAACAUGUUCCGCAGCACCGGCCUGUUGCUCUCCCUGAGGAGUUCUUCAAGACAUUAGAUGCUGUCAAAUCCGAUCCUGCUCUGCAGGGCGAGUCUCCUCCUCAAGUGAAGGCAUAAAAGGGCGAAUUCUCCAAGAUCUAUCAUUUGCACCUUUUGCUGCGUGGAGUAGACCAUAGAUUAGUUUCAUGUGUCCUUUGCCAGCAAUAUGCUUGGUUGUUCCAAGCAGAAUAAAGUUCUAGCGAAUACUAUAAAGAAUGUUUUUAAACUUAGUGCUCCCACACAGCAAAAUGUGUGAUAUUUGAUACUAUGAAUAUUUUUUGUAUUAAUCCAUGAUGACGAAAACCUGAACAUCCGCCGGUUUUCUACAGACUGCUUGAUGCGAUCUGAAAACCGUGCAUCACCUUGUGAUUGUCUUGUGCUGUGUAUUAGUUGAGCAUGAAUCACACUCUUUUCCUGUACUUCUAAUUUGCAGUACAGUCCGGGCA